UAACACGUCUUAGAUUUUGUCGUACUCGUAGAAUUUGAUCAAUAUCGGCCCAGUUACAGCCCAAUAGUUCAAAACUUGGGCCGGCCCAUACCUGAGUGAACUCACGUAGCCUAAGCCCUCAGUCAGUCCAGACAAAAGCAUCCAAUUAUCCCUUUUCAAAACGCUGCGUUGCUGUCGAUCUUUGAGUUCAAGGGAUCCGAUCUGCGUCUCAGGCGAUGUCUGAGUUGAAGGCAUCAAGAAGCCCUUGUCUGAAGUUGCCGUCCAGACGAGAGAAUCCCUAAAAAGGCCCUAUUUUCCUCUGCCACUCUCAAUCCUCGCAGGCACUUAAUUUUGUGGCUUUGAACGGGUCUUUGCCUCUUUCAACCGAUCAAAUGAAGGUGCGGAAAUGGUUGAUUUUGGUUUCGCCUACAUUAAACUUGAGAUCAGAAACCUCAAAUUUUCCACAUAUUAGAUCUUUAAUCACUGGAAUUUGAUCAAGAUCGGCCCAGUUACAGCCCAAUAGUUCAAAACUUGGGCCGGCCCAUACCUGAGUGAACUCACAUAGCCUAGGCCCUCAGUCAGUCUAGACAAAAGCAUCCAAUUAUCCUUCUCAGAACGCUGCGUUUCUGUCGAUCUUUGAAUUCAAGGGAUCCGAUCUGCGUCUAAGGCGAUGUUUGAGUUGAAGAGAAUUAUUUAUUUCAGCGUGCAGUCAACAUAAAGUAAAGGCUGUUGCUGUUGCAAGAGAAUAUUCUGUAUAUUCUUUUCUCUGCUUAUAGCCUUGGCUAUGGUUUCUGAAUGAAGAGGUUCUUAGAGAGAUCCAUUAGGGAUGAGAGUAUGCAGUGGAUGGCGGCGUCGCCUUUAUUGUCUCCCUUUCGUUUUGUUCAUUCCUUAUUUUUUGUCUGUUUUGGAAUUGCAUCAAAGCUCAACUAUAGAAGGUUCACAGAAAAAACAUAGUAAGAAAUUUGAUCAUCUGGUUCUUGGGCCUGCUGCUGGUCAGGGCUUGCAUGAUCGUUUGCAAUGCCAAGGAACCAAAGCUUUGAACAAGACCCACAUUGCAACCUCUUCCCAUGAGUCCAACUUUGGAGAAAGCAUUGCCUUAAUAACUGUUUUUACCAUUUAUAACUCCUCACUAGCUUUGCAUGCGGAUGGUAGAUCAUCAGAUUUGGUUACUGUUGGGAAUGCUUCAUAUAGUAAGAUGGAGAGAUCGAUGGCCAUUUUGAAUGUAUUCAUUAACUUCAUUCAGGCGACAAUGCCCCAAAGCAAUGUAAUCAUUCUUACUGAUCCAGCAUCUGAGUUUUCAUUGCACAGAGAUAGGGUUACCAUCUAUCCCAUUCAAGGUGAAUAUUCACGAGACAAGUUGAUGCUUCAAAGAAUCAGGUCUUACAUUGUCUUCUUAGAAACAAAGCUUGAGGAGCAUUCUCAGGGUCAUGGGCAUAUAAAUCAUUACAUCUUCACUGACUCAGAUAUAGCAGUAGUUGAUGAUUUAGGACAGAUAUUUCAGAGCCACCCAAAUUUCCAUGUGGCUCUCACCUUCCGGAACAAUAAAGAGCAACCUCUGAAUUCUGGAUUUAUAGCAGUGAGGGGCACCCCUGAUGGGAUUCUAAGGGCAAAACUUUUUCUGCAAGAAGUACUGAAAGUUUACAGUUCUAGAUUCAUGAAUGCUUCCCGGAUGCUUGGAGAUCAGUUAGCUCUUGCCUGGGUUGUAAAGUCUCAUCCGUAUUUUGAUACAAAGAGAUUUUCAAAACCACAAGCUUUUCUAGAAGAUAUUGGUGGUACUUCAGUGCUCUUUCUACCUUGUGCUAUUUACAAUUGGACACCACCAGAGGGUGCUGGACAAUUUCAUGGCAUGCCCCUUGAUGUGAAGGUUGUUCAUUUCAAAGGAUCAAGGAAACGCCUAAUGUUGGAGUCUUGGAAUUUCUUCAUUUCCUCUUCUGACAUUUCAGAUAUGUUAUGCCUCAUCUUAAUGAGUGGGAGAACAAAGUAUGACUUUUGAAUUGGUUCAUUUGGUUGAGCUUGGCUUCUGGAUUGUCUUCUAGCAAUUCAGUUGACUGAAGAGCUGGUUUCAUACAGGAGUUACUGGGAAUAAUCCCACGGCUGAAUCCUACCAAUUGGUUUUUAUAAAUUAAAUUUGGUUCUGGCCACCAGAAUGAAUUUGGAAAUGAAACUGGGAAACUUGGAACUGGUACCAACAUUAUAUUUAUUCAUUUACUGACAAAAUAUAAUCAUGUUUUGAACUGUUUCAGCA